GAGUCUGGGAGGCAUGAAAAGGCCCAAGGGCACUAAACUCCAGCCAAGGAGCCUGAGGAGGCCGAGCCCUGUGAGUGUCCCCACCAUGGCCUGGACGGUGCUUCUCUUCCAGCUCCUGGCUUUCAGCUCAGGGGUGGAUUCUCAGACUGUGGUGACCCAGGAGCCGUCACUGUCAGUAUCUCUUGGAGGGACGGUCACACUCACCUGUGGACUGAGCUCUGGGCCAGUCACGAGUAGCAGUAACGAACCCAGCUGGUACCAGCAGACCCCGGGCAAGGCUCCCCGCAUGCUCAUAUACAACACAAACAGCCGGCCCUCGGGGGUCCCUGAUCGCUUCUCUGGAUCCAUCUCUGGGAACAAAGCCGCCCUCACCAUCACGGGGGCCCAGCCCGAGGAUGAAGCCGACUAUUACUGUGCUCUGUACAUGGGUAGUGGCAUUUACACAGUGAUGCAGACCCACGGGGAAGUGUCACUUGCUAUUGGGGGAACAGAGGCUAUACACUUUUCCUUAGGCAAUCCUGGAAAGACUCUCAAUGGGUCCAAUUCUCAGGCUGUGGUGACUCAGGAGCCCUCAAUGACCGUGUCCCCAGGAAGGACAGUCACUCUCACCUGUGGCUCCAGCACUGGAGCAGUCACUGAUGGUCACUAUCCAUACUGGUUCCAGCAGAAGUCUGGCCAAGCCCCCAAGACGUUGAUUUAUAAUACAAACAAUAAACACUCCUGGACCCCCGCCCGGUUCUCAGGCUCCAUCCAAGGGGGCAAAGCUGCCCUGACCCUCUCGGGGGCCCAGCCUGAGGACGAGGCUCUGUACCACUGCUGGCUGGUGUACAGUGGUGCUCGGCACAGUGAGACACCCAGCUGGGGAACCGGGACAUAA